AUGUUGAACAGUCUGAUAUUUGCUACAAACUUUGAGCAGUUGAUAAAAAGAUUGUUUAGGCAAUAUGUUUUGUUGCCAAGAAAAGUUGAACAACUUUUAGCUGCUUUUAGAAGAAUUAAACUGAGAAGAAUAUUUAGGGCUUUUGAGCAGUUUAAACAAUGUUUCUCAACGUCAUCAGGAGCAGAAGAAUUUAAAGCAUAUCAAGCUUGUACAGAACAACCUCUGGGAUUGUUGGUAGAUCAAAAUUUUAAACAACGAAAGGAGUAUACCUUGAAUCAAGCUCGCGGAUACGUGAAAAUUAUUGCACAAUUCGACUUUGCUUGUGGUGCCGGUUUAGGAAGUAAUAAUUCUACCAAUUUUUUAUUUAAAUAUUGUAUGGAUUUCGAAUGUAGGGUGAAAAAGAAUUAUGCACGCGUGCAUCAAAUGAAUGCUGCCAAUUGCUACAGAAAACUGUUUGAAAAAUGCGGGUUACAAAGCGGGUGGUUUGGUUGUGAAUACGAAAGAACGGGUACUGAAGCCGUCUAUCAGCAGUGUACUCAAAAUUAUUGUACCGGUAUGAUCCACCCUCGAGUUCUCAAGAGAAAACGUGUACAAAAGAGUUUUGGAAACACUAAUUCGCUAUUACAAGUGCCAGCGAUAGUAUAG